CUUGAUUUCUUUCGUUUCUUUCGGUUUUACCCUAUUUUCCUCGUUUCCGCAAUCCUCUUCUUUUUUCUUUUUGAAGCGUCAAAAUAUGGCUGAAGACAUCACUGUAGCGGAUACCACAACUGUCACUCCUGAGGUACAACAUACUGAAAGAACAGAGAAGAGUGCGGAAAUACAAGUUGAAGGGGAGACCUCGAGCAACAUCAAUGGGGGGGACGUGCCAGUUGAGGCCCAGGUCAAACCGCCACUAGCAAGCUCGGAAGAAGUACCCGAAAGACCACCGUCACCGAUGGGCACGAAUCUGCUAGACGAUCAGCAAGCUGAAGCACGCAGCUCCAUGACCAAAGCAAUGCCUAUGUCUGUCGAUACACCCCCAUCCGCUGAUACCCCCUUACUCCAAAUGCACCCUUCCUCCUCGCCGACGCAGCCCUCUGACCGACCUUUGAACGUCACAGACGCCCUGAGUUACCUGGACCAUGUAAAAGUGCAAUUUCAUGACCAGCCAGACGUUUAUAACCAUUUUUUGGACAUAAUGAAGGAAUUCAAGAGUCAACAGAUUGACACUCCUGGCGUUAUUAAGCGCGUCUCACACCUCUUCCAAGGACAUCCAGUUCUGAUACAGGGAUUUAAUACCUUCCUACCUGCUGGAUAUCGAAUAGAAUGCUCUGUCGAUGCUAGACAAAUAACCGUAACGACUCCAAGGGGCACCACUAUGCAGACGACCGCCAGCGGCCGUGGUAAGAGUACUUUUCAAUGGUCCACGACCGAGCCAGCAAAACCCUCCGAAAUCAACCUCCCUCCCCAUCCCGCAACUCCGGACCCAGCGCCUACACUACCCCGCGGUGCUGCUGCUCAACAACAGGCCAUGGAACCAGCGGUUGCAUAUGUGCAGAAAAUCAAGCAGCGUUGCGACCCUGAAGUAUACAAACAAUUUUUGGACAUCUUAUCGAGAUAUCACCAUGCACCAGAGACGAUCGAUGAGGAGGAGGUAUCCAGACAAAUUGCCCGACUCUUUAAAAACGCCCCGGAUCUACGAGCGGACUUCAGGAUUUUCAUGCCCGACCAAAACCAGAGUUUCCUCGAUGAUUCAUCUAUCAAUGACAGAGCUGGCACGCCGGACAUGAAAGGCAAGAGAAAACUAGAUGUAGUAGCCUCAAGUAUGGGUCUUCCUCAAAAGAAGAAGCGGAGAGCUGGCGAACGGGAAAGAGAGCGAGAGAAAGAAAAGGAAAGAGAGCGGGAUCGUGAACAACGGGAAAGGGAGAUGGUGUCGAUGAGGCAGGGCUCCAGAAAGAAAGCUAAAACCGAUUCUUCUCGGCAUGCUGCGACCAGUUCCACUUCAGACCGUCGAGCCGGACCUGGUGCUGCCAUGAUACCAGCGACACAGCUUCCAUCACACAUUGUAACUUCCGCUCGAGGACCGGUACCUGCUGCAAAUGAUCCAAUCCACUUCUUUGAUCGUGUAAAACGGGCUAUAGAUACCAGGGACACGUACAACGAGUUCCUCAAAGUCAUCAACUUAUUCACGCAAGGCUACAUUGAUACUGCCACGCUGGUAAAGGAGAGCGGGAAUUUCCUGGUUGGAGACGGGGAUUUGAUGAAACAAUUUAAGGAAAUUCUUGGGUGGGAUGAUCGAAGGGAACGGGAGAGUUGGGUUAUGGAACAACAGCUCACCGAGCGUGGGAUGCAGGCCGGGUGGUCGAAACCUACCAUUGCUGUUGUGGGUGCUGGUGGCAACGCAGGAAGGUUGAAGCCUGGACGGGUGGACUUGAGCGUUCAAUAUGGAAGUUACCGAAGGUUACCUGCCAACGAAAUUAAUGUGGCAUGUUCUGGAAGAGACGAGAUGUGCCGCUCGGUUCUCAACGAUGAAUGGGUUUCCCAUCCGUCAUGGGCUACCGAGGAAACCGGGUUCAGUGUCUAUAAGAAGAAUAUCUACGAGGAUGCGCUUCAUCGUAGCGAGGAAGAACGACACGAGUAUGACUUCCAUAUAGAAGCCAUUGCACGGACUAUAGCUAUCCUUGAACCCAUUAACAACAAGAUUGCAAUGCUCAGCGCGGAUGAAAAGAACAGUUUUAAGCUUAAACCCAACCUCGGCGGGUCUGCGAAAGCCAUACAUCAUCGUGUCGUCAAAAAGAUAUAUGGGCGCGAAGCGGGGAUGGACGUGAUACAGGCAAUGCAAGAUACACCGGCAUUUGCGAUACCUGUCGUGCUUGUGAGGUUGAAACAGAAGGAGGAGGAGUGGAAGCGCGGACAGAGAGAGUGGCAUAAAGUCUGGCGUGAGGUUGAUGGGCGGAAUUAUGCGAAGUCGUUGGAUCACCAGUGCAUAUCAUUCAAGGCUGCCGAUAAGAAAGCCCUGACAACAAAGGCAUUCGUGAAUCAGAUCGAGGUCGCCAGAGAGGAGCAGAUGGCGAAGAGGGCAUCAUUAAUCGACCCCCUUUUCGCGCGAACGAGACCGAGGCAUCAACUGGAGUUUGAAAUAGCUGACAUUGCUGUCCUCCAGGACUCGCUCAAGUUGGUGUUUUCCUUCUUGGAUCGUACGCAAGGGCAGAUUGGGUUUCCCGAGCGGAAAAGAAUAGAAGGGUUCCUCCGAACUUUCAUUCCGCUGUUCUUCAUGCUAGAUACGGUCAGCUUUAAUACUGCGUUCACGGUGGUCAGCGUUCAAGACACAACUGGAGCUGGAGUGGAGACUGAUAUGAGUGAUGAUGCAACGAGCGAUGUCGAGAUGGCGAGUGUGACAAGUGGCAAUUCAAGUAAGAGCGCACGAGCGAAGAAGGGCGGAAAUGGUGGUGGCGACCUACGAAAGAAACUUCUCGCCAAAUCGACAAAUCGAAGGACAAGAGCUCAAGAGGCGGCUUCGCCAUCUAUCUCUAGGCUUGCUUCGCCGGUCCCUUCACCCGACGAAGAGCUGAAGUCUGAUCCAUCGACGACUGGUAACACUAGGCGUGGAUUGAAGAAGAAUAUCUUCUUCACAAACACCACUUUCUAUGUUCUGUUGCGACUGCUCGAGGUUCUCUACUCGCGCCUCUCGCUCUUCAAGAACCUCGCCUCGAAGCGAUCUCAAGAGGAGAAGACAGUGAACCCCAUAAUAGAAUCUCUGAACCUCGCGCCUCCCGAAGACAUGGUUAAUGGUCACGGCAAAUCAACCAGUGCAAAUUAUUUCUAUGACUUGAUGCUCGAAUCCUGUGAACGUCUCUUCGACAAUGAAAUUGAACAGAGUGCCUUCGAGGAACAGAUGCGACAUAUGUUUGGCAUCAAGGAGGCAUAUAAAAUUUUCACCGUUGAUAAACUGAUUGGAGUAUUUAUUAAACAGGUUCAACUUAUAUUUUCUGACCCUAAGAGCCAGGACUUGUUGGAGGUCUUGAAACGCGAUAGAAUUUUGCCCUCUUUCACUACCCAAGAUCAAAUCAACAGUCGGCGGAGUGCGGAGAAGAUAUUGGGCUCGGAUGAGAACAUAUUUAGAGUUGAUUGGCUUCUCGAUUCCAAGACAAUGACUGUCCAGCUGAUCGGAAAAGAUGACUCUCGAUUCGAGAACUCGGAGGUUCUGACUGGUCGGUGGCAAGCCUAUAUUGAAUCGUUCGUUUCUGACGAGACCUCGGUGGGCGUACCGAUGUCAAAGGCGAGGUCAUCUUUCCUCCGAAGAAAUCUCCCUCCUUCGCCCUCGGAUCCGGAAUCAGCUCUCUCUCCUCCUGUGGUCGCAGCACAAGACAGCCUUGAAAUCAAGAUCUGUGUACACACAUAUCGACUGUUCUUUGUAUCAAAGACAGAAGAUUACCUCUUUACCACGCAAGAUCCUACGGAUAUUCAAAAGUCUCUCCAGCGGCUCCAGGCGAGGGAUGAUUUACGACAGAAAUGGCUUCACGACAUUAAUCAAUCUCGUACUACAGAUUGAUUUCAUUCUAAUUGUUAUUUACUUAUUUACGGUGGGACUUGUAUCAACUUUUUACGUGUAGUCCUGUAUCAUACUGAAUCUAGUUGUUUCUGUGGAUACCAUA